GUCUUCGUCUUCGUCCAUCUUCCUGUUUCUCGUCUUCUGUCGGACGACUGGAACGAGACCGUUUCGUCCGUCUUGUAACCUAAAGAACUGGGGAACAUCACUCUCCGGCGCUCUCGGAGCCUCCGCCAUCCCCGGCGACCCCCGCCCUCACCCGUGGCUAAUCCCCCAGCUGCCGCUAACUCCACACCGGUCCCUCCUAACAAGCUCUUCGAUUUCUCUGCUGAUUCCCCCCCGAAAGUAUCCCUUGCCCGCCACCAGUACAUGUUCCGUUCCGAAGCCCUCAGAGCUCUCCGAGAGAGGAUCCACUCGCCUGAUCGGAUCUUGCAGGAGUUUGCCCAUUUACAGGCUAACAGGAUAAAGCCAUCAAAGAUUAUUAAAAGCUGCACUGUGGCUCUUGCUGAUGUCAAUUUGAGCAAAAACCUGAUUUUGGGCAGAACUCGACCAUCCCCAUCUGCCCAGAACCCUGGUAUCCAAAACCCUGAUGGUAUCUCCCAGCUUCACGCUUCAUUCUCCACACAAUCAUCCAAAUUCCCAGAGUAUGAAAUGCCUUCUGUUACAUGGGGUGUGGUGCAAGGCCGCAAGGAGAAGCUGGUGUCCCGAGUAAUAAUAUGUGAUUACCUGAAGAGUCUGGGGAUAAUUCCUGAUGAACUGGAGGACCUGGAGCUGCCUUCCACUAUCGAGGUCAUGAGAGAGCGCGUCGAGUUUCUGCAGAAGAUGGGACUGACUAUUGACGAUAUCAAUGAGUACCCCCUAUUGCUAGCCUGCAGUGUGCGGAAAAACAUGAUCCCCGUGUUGGGCUACUUGGAAAAGAUUGGGAUUAGCAGGUCGAAGUUGGGUGAGUUUGUUAAGAAUUACCCGCAGGUUUUGCAUGCCAGUGUUGUUGUCGAGCUUGUGCCAGUUGUUAAGUUUCUACGUGGACUCGAUGUGGAAAAGCAAGAUAUCGGCUAUGUGUUACAGAAGUAUCCCGAGCUUUUGGGGUUUAAACUCGAGGGGACAAUGAGCACUUCAGUUGCUUAUCUUGUAAGCAUCGGCGUCAAUCCCAGGGAUAUAGGUCCUAUGGUCACACAGUAUCCGUAUUUUUUGGGGAUGCGAGUUGGGACUAUGAUUAAGCCACUCUGUAACUACUUGGUUUCCCUUGGCUUGCCGAAGAAGAUACUAGCAAGGAUGUUGGAGAAGCGAGCUUACAUACUGGGGUACGAUCUCGAAGAGACAGUGAAGCCUAAUGUUGAUUGCCUGAUUAGCUUCGGUGUGAGGAGGGAAGCUGUUGCUUCCGUUAUUGCUCAGUACCCCCAAAUUCUAGGAUUGCCCCUGAAGGCUAAACUGUCUUCACAACAGUACUUCUUCAGCUUGAAGCUUAAGAUUGAUCCUGAGAAAUUUGCCCGUGUGAUAGAGAAGAUGCCGCAGAUAGUAAGCCUUAAUCAACAAGUGAUUAUGAAAUCCUACGAGUUCCUUUUAGGGCGGGCAAUCCCAUCUGAGGAGGUCGCGGAGAUGGUCGUGAGAUGCCCUCAGUUGCUUGCGCAGCGAGUAGAGCUCAUGAAGAACAGUUACUACUACUACAAGAGCGAGAUGGGGAGACCAAUCAAAGAGCUCGUAGACUUCCCCGAGUAUUUCACAUAUAGCUUGGAAUCAAGAAUCAAGCCUAGGUAUCAAAGGUUGCAGAGCAGGGGAAUCAGGGGCUCGUUGAAUUGGUUCCUGAAUUGCAGUGACCAGAGAUUCGAAGAGAGGCUGCAGGGCGACUACAUCGAAGCGGAUGCCGCAGGUCCAUCGUUCUGCAUGGGGGGAAAGUUGGAGCUCCCGGGGAGUGAAAUGGUGUCGGAUGAAGAGGAUGAGAGUGAGGAUGAAGUGCUUUACCGCAGGACAGUUUCUCUGUAGCUGAGAUUUUUGUUUUUACAUGUGUUACAAAGAAGAGUAGCUUUGCUUAUUUGGAAUAUUGGAUGGAGCAUGGAAGGGAUGGAAAAUGAUGAUCAAUUAUUUAUUACUGGUUGGUAGAAUAGAAGUUUGUUUCUUCAACUCAAUUGGGAAAGAGUUAUUUUUCAUUUCAAGCUUUU